UGAAAGGGAGAUAUCAAGGUGGAAUGGGGAAAUGCAAGGUUGCAAUAUUGUUGCUUUGGGUGUUCUUUGCCUUGUGUACUACCAUUCUAGAAUUGAAAGUUGAAGCAAGAGCAGCAUCAUCAUUUUUAGAAAAAGAAAUCGAAGCCAAAUUAAAGCUUCUAAACAAGCCUGCCGUGAAGUCUAUCAAGAGUGAAGAUGGAGAUAUUAUUGACUGCAUCAACAUAUACAAACAACCCGCUUUUGACCAUCCUGCCUUGAUAAAUCACACUAUUCAGCGGAUACCAGAUUUUCUUCUUGAAUCCCAGAGUUCAAGUACAAGAGGUGCUACCAAUGCAAGCACUGAUGUGUUUCAGACAUGGCAGAAAAGUGGAAGUUGUCCAAAAGAAACUGUACCUAUUCGUAGAAUUCGAAAGGAGGACUUGUUAAGAGCUGUUUCACUUAACCGCUUCGGACAAAAACCUCCGGAACCAUCUGUCAAUUCAGCCACCAACACAAAACUUAAUUUCUCAAACCUCGAUUAUGUUAAUUUGGAAAAUCGAUCGGUUAAUCCAAAGUUGUAUGGUGACCACAACUCCCGAUUGUUUGCCGCUUGGACUAUAAAUUCAUACCAUACAACAGGUUGCUUCGAUCUUACUUGCCAAGGAUUUGUGCAAAUAGCCUCAGAGAUAGCACUUGGUUCUACCGUAGGACCUUAUUCAUCUCAGUUUAACCAACAAUAUGAAAUCAACGUUGGAAUAUUUUGGGAUCGUAAUGGGAACUGGUGGCUUAGAAUGAAGGAUAAAAUCAUUGUAGGUUAUUGGCCAGCAGCGAUAGUGGGUAACUUACAACAUAGUGCAACAUUGGUUCAAUGGGGUGGACAAGUGUUUAGUUAUAAUGUGAAAACAACCCCUCCUCACACAGGAACACAAAUGGGUAGUGGAGAAGCAGCAAGUGGUCGAUUUGGGUUCGCAUGUUACAUGACAAAUGUGAGAAUUAAGGAUUAUUCAGAAACUCUCAAGUAUCCACAAUUUGUAAGUACAUAUGCAGCAGAACCUUACUGUUACAGUGCCCUCAACGAUGUUCAAUAUGGAAAAGAUCCUGUCUUCUUUUUUGGAGGACCUGGGCGAAGACCUCCAUAUUGUCCUUGA